UGCGCUCUGGAGGAUUUCGAGGAUGUCGUCCGCUGUCACUUCAAGCCGCUCUAGUCCGCUUGUUAAGGCCAAUAUGCCCACGAAACCCACGUCUCCAACAGCGGCAGUCUCUACUAUUCAUACGUCCAACGUAGAGGAAGAUCUCGGCGGGAAAAUCCUGUGUCAAUGGAGACCUAGUGAAAACACGACCGAUGGACCGGAGCUGCUGGUGAUGCAGAGCGAUCUUACGCGUUGUAAGGUCGACGCCAUCGUCAACGCGGCCAAUAUUCAUUUGAUGCACGGUGGAGGCCUAGCUGGUGCUAUUGUACGUAAAGGGGGGUCGUCUAUCCAAAAGGAGAGCAACAAAUGGAUUAAGGACCACGGACCAUUGACAGUCGGAGACGCCGUUACGACGGCAGCAGGCAAGUUACCCUGCAAACACGUGAUUCACACAGUUGGUCCCAAUGUGGGGAGCGCAACACCAACGUCUGAGCAUGCGGCGCAGCUUCGUCGGGCAGUGUGGAGUGCGUUAAUGCAGGCGGAUCGACUGGAAGUAAAGUCCGUGGCGAUCCCUGGGAUAUCAACAGGAAUCUUUGGAUACCCAAGAUAUUUAGGGGCUAAGGAGAUUGUGAAGGAGGCGGUGAGGUUUUGUAAGGAGAAAGGGGAUACGACAAUGGUGAAGAGGAUUGCAUUGAUGAAUAUUGACGACCCGACGGUGACGAGCUUUGUCAAGGCAGUUAAGGAUGAGAUGCAGCAGAGUGUGGAGAAGAAGGGAAUUAGCGAAGCGUUAGCUGACCUUAAUAUUCGCGAGUAAGAAAGAGAGGACUGAAUUUUAUUAGUUGCAUUUGACUUCCUUUUAAUGAAACUUGUGGAGAGGAAGAAGCUAACUCCUCUUCAAGUUCAUGAAUAUUGCAUACUCCU